AUGUUCAGUCCACCGCUUCACAGGCAGAGACAUCAAUUUGUCAUUGAUUUUGUCAAGAGGAACAAACCUAAAAAGGUGGUGGACCUGGGGUGUAGUGAGUGUAGCCUCCUCCAAAAGCUCAGGUUUCACCGUGAAGUUGAACUUCUGGUUGGAGUGGACAUCAACGGGACCACAGUCAAGAAAAAGAUGCACGGAUUAGCUCCUAUAUCAACUGACUAUCUGCAGCUAAGUUAUGAUCAGCUGCGCAUUGAGCUGUAUCAGGGCUCAGUCACACAAAAAGACGCCCGACUCAGAGGAUUUGAUCUUGUGACCAGUAUAGAGCUCAUAGAGCACCUCACUCUUGCUGAUGUGAAGAGCUUCUCUGAGGUGGUGUUUGGUUACAUGACCCCAUUGGCGGUUAUCGUCAGCACCCCGAACUCUGAGUUCAACCCCCUUCUCCCCGGACUGGUUGGUUUCAGGCACAGCGACCACAAGUUUGAGUGGACCAGGACAGAGUUCAGAUCCUGGGCUCUGAAGGUGUGUUUGGAGUUCGGUUAUGAGGUGGAGUUCACUGGUGUUGGACAGGCUCCGUCAGGCCAGCAGGAGGGAGUCGGCUUCUGCUCUCAGAUCGGGGUGUUUCGCCGGCACGGGGUGAGAGAUGGCUGCAACAUGCUGCUGGGUGACGAUGCAGAGGAUGUUUUUUCAUACACACUGCUGUACAGUAUAAACUAUCCCAGCCUGCGUGACAACAACACCCUGCGGAGGGUCCUGGUGAGCGAGGUGUUGUAUUGGGCAGAAAAGCUAAAGAGUGGAUGGAUGGAGGAGAGAACUGCAUGUGGAGCAGAGAUGAGAAGUCUAGUAGUGCAGUGUGGGAGAAGUGUGUCAGAGGAUCAGGAAGAAGAGGAGGAAGAUGUAUUUUGGAAAAAAAGCCAAAGACAACAAGAUUCUUGCACAUUGCGCAGGUGUGUAUCCGUACCACUGGAUGUACUGUGGUCCUGCUGCCCCAAAAUCAGUGCCUUGACUGGAAGUGUCAGUAAUCUCAGACAUCUACUCCUGGAUGAACCCGAAGUUAAACUCAGCCAGGACGGCGCUGCUGUGCUUGUCAAUUACCAGGAACAAGGCACUGACCUUGAAGGAGAGGAGGAUCAUAAUGAUUUGGAGGACAGCGGGUAUGCAGAGGCCAGGCAGGACUCCCACACUGCUGAACAAGAGGAAGACUGGGAGGCAAAUGUUUGA